AUAGGACGUACAUAGGUUCAGUUCUAGGUUGUAGUUGUCUAUUUUGAAUUCAUAUUCUGAAAAUACUGAAGCUGAGGCCAACAGUUUGUUCUAGAACACCAUGAUGCUGUGGCUGUUUGUUUUGGCAGUCCCUGCUGUAAUUGCCAUUGAUCCUGACUACUACCCCAUGAUCAUGGGUUCUGAAGCAGGCAAGGCGAUGUGCAAAACAGGAUAUUUCAAGGCCGACACUGAUAAUUGCUGCUCCUAUCACCAGUGCUAUAACAGCAACCAGGGUAUCAUGGCCUACAAACGCUGGUGUUGGGAGCCGAUGGUUUGGAAUGAGGAGUCCUGCACGUGUGAUUUCCCUCGAUAUGUCCCUGGCUGUGAUAAUUUGCCGAGUGACUGCUGGGGUUCCCCAGACGACCACAAGGCUCCUCCGUUCUGCGAAAUUAAUGAUCCAGAUACUGAAUGUUGUCAAGGUGUUUUUGACAGAAAUACCCCUGCAAGUCAGAGUCAACCGGGAGUAAAGUACAUCACCAAACUUCCAAACACAAACACUUCUGCGUAUAAAAUCUGUACUUCGGAUGACAUUAAUUAUUGUCCGGAUGCUAUGGAUUUUGAUCUAGCAACAUGUUGUUGCGAGGAAAAUAUAAAAGAGAUGUGCAAUUGUUAUGAUUGGCAAUUCAAGAGAAAGGAUUCCUUUGUUGAUGUUGACUGCGGCGCAGUACUGAACAAGGGUAAUUGCAAGGUCAACAAGGAUCUAAAUGCGACAGAGGGCAUAGUUGGACAAAAUGGUACUGAACUAGACACGUACGCUAGAUGCAGCGGCAAUCAGGGAAUGGAACUAGACAUAUUCAAAAAGGGAUACUUUGGAAACAAGUUUGUGUUCGCGAUGUACUUCAGGUGUGACGAAGAUAGUGGUAAUUGUGUUGACGGUUUGCUGCUGGACAACGGUGUUAAUGCUGCAGGGCAGGGUAUCACUCCAACAAUUGUAUCCGCUAUUCCCGGGACUUCAAACACUGUUACGACGAUGAUUGGUGAAACAACAUUCGAAAAUCCACUAACCGAGAGCUCCACCGACUGGCAUUACUUGGUCAUCAAUUGUGAUUGGAACGCUUUGCGGUACGUCAUCGAGUGUAAGACCGAAGUCGGCACCCAGAACAGAAGAGGAACGCCAGUCGUACAGGACCUUGAGCGAGAUAUGUACGCUCUCGAAGGAACAAAAUGCCCCCUUACCGUUGGUCAAUUUACGGGAGAUAUUGAUGACUUUGUCAUUUGUCAGUUCCCUUGGACUGAUGACGACACUGCAGAUUGGAUCAAUAACCCUGACAAGGUGCCACGAAACAGGCAUUAGACUGAACGAAAAGACUAUCCAUUGUUACUACAUUGUCGGAUACCCCAUCUGGUUCAGAUAUACGUGUCUUUUGUUUAUAAAUAUGUUUUGUAAAAAAUGAACAUGUCCAACCCAUUUGUUCCAUGGUCAUGUUCUGGUAAAUUGAACCAAUAAACUUGAGAACUGAAAAAUUUAAUUUUUAUAAUUUAUGUUUUGGUUUCUACUUACUAUAAUUUGUAUAAGGACGUUUGGUCACCUUGUGCGCGGCAAAGGAUAAUUAGAUUUUUGAAUAACAGUGGUAAUAAAUGUAUAAAAAUAGAGUUUUGAAUAAGGACAGGUUGAAAUUGUAUUAUCGUUAAUCAUAUACACUUGCAGUAAAACCUCUCAAGUGGAACACCUCCUAGAACCUUCAUUUCGAAGGCAGAUACAGGUAGAUAUAAUUAUGGCCCUCGUGAAAGUAUUUAGACUAAUAAUACUGAAAUGUUUAAAAUGCUGUUUUGUUAAACUACUUUUAAGUAUCAGAUGUAGGACUUUUCAUUGAAAUAUAUUUCAAACAGGUGAGGCAUAAAGCAUCCAUUGCCAGUGGGAUACAUCUUUGACAUUGCGCUGUUCUCUUCCACAGUUUGUGACAUAUCCUGGCAGAACCUGUUUUGUAUAUACUCUCCUUGACACAUAUCUAUUUUUUAUGAAAUUAAGCAGGUCCGUGACGAUACAUUCACAUAUAGCAGUGAUGAAUAAUGUAAUGUAUAUCAGAUAGUCCAGGAAAUCGACCAAACUUUAUGCAUAUCCUACGCUUUUCAAAGAGCAGUUUUAUAGAUUUCUUAUGAAGUUUAGCGGGUCCAUUACGAUACGUUCAUGUAUUUCAAUGAAC